GAAGGUGCAGCGAUACUCUCGCAUGGCUGCAGGACUCUGGGUUCUUCCGAGCGAAUUAACCGCGUACACAUUGCAUGUUCGAUUUCUCCUCAGUGAAGCCCCCCUUGGUGUGCCACAUGGUGUCUCCGCAGUACCAGACAGAUCCCAUUGAGAAAGAAAAGAUUGUCAACAGUCUGGUGCCUAGUCCGGGAGUGUGCGACUACAUCAUGUUCGAUAUUCCACAGGAGGCGGAUGGGAAGUACAACCGCGCAGCCUACGAACAGCUGGGACGAUAUGCCACCGUGUCCAAGUGCAUGUUCAGCGUCAACGUCUACGAUACCGUUGUGUCGUCUCUUACGACGACUCUCGACAAAACUACGCUGACAGACACUGCACGGGACAUACUGCAAACAGUACCGCUGUACGGCUUUGGGAUCCUCGGGGAAGUGAGUCUGCUGAAUGCGUCGGUGUAUAGCCGCGCCAUACUGACGAUCAACGCUGGGAUUCUAAAUAGUGUCUACGAGCGAUUCACCGAAGUCAUGACAGGACUUGGCAUUGGCAAAAGCGAAGUUGCCAACUUCUUCGCCUUCAGACCACGAUAUCUGGCCAUACUUCCACAGUCUUAUCAGGGACUCUUGGAAGGCCUUAACACCAUUUCGAAUGGUUACCUCCGCUUCGUGAUGCUCCUGACCAUCACGAGCCAGACGAGCUCGUUUGUCCAGCCGUCUUCUGCCUGGAACAGGCUCUGCCUCGCAUCUGGGGACGAACCGACAAUAGAAGGUGCUGUGGAUCUCAUUUCGAAAAUCAAAUCACCAGUAUUCACCUUCGCCUUGACGAUCAGCCUACGAUGGGACUUGUUCACGGGCGUAAAGUUGACGCAUCUGGCCUCGGAGCAGCUGGGUAAUGUUACCAGCAGCACUCAUCGCAGUCUCCGUUACGAGGAGGAAUGCUCUUGGCAUUUCACCCAAAGUGAUCCUGCGAUUACGUAUGCGGGCGGUGGAGGAUGUGCUUUCACCGAGAUCACGACCAAAGACGUGGCCAGCUUUGAUACUGAAGCCACGAUUCAAUACAAGAUGAGGAAUGCCUACCAACGUCUGAACCAAUCCGGGACCAGUUUGCUUUAUGUGGGAUGGCUGGUGUACGAUGUCACCGGUGGCCUGGAGCCCUUCACGUGCUAUGGGCCGAUGCAGCGGUUGGAGAAGAUACGCGAGAUCAUCGACACGAUUUGAGACGCACGCCGCGCCGCCAUUGCUGAAUGUAGUCUAGACGCUUC